UUAUAAAUCGAGGAGGAAUAGUUGCGGUGGAUCGACCAUUGCCCUAGCAAUGGCGAUGGCGAUGAACGACGUCUGUUCGUUGAGAGGGAUUUUCAAUAGGUUUAAGCCACACAUCCUCAUGGCUUUUACUCAGUUGGGCUACACAUUUAUGUAUUUCAUCACAGAUGCUUCCUUCAAUCAUGGAAUGAAUCCUUACGUCCACAUCACUUAUCGACAACUCGUUGCUGGUGUCGUCAUGUUUCCAUUCGCUUAUUUCCUCGAAAGAAAAAUGAGGCCGAGGAUUACGGUAGCACUGUUCUUGGAGAUUUUUGUUCUUUCUCUUUUGGGGGGGAGUUUGACUCUCAGCAUGUACUUUGCGAGUUUGACAUACACGUCUCCCACCUUCCUUGCAUCAAUGGUCAAUACCAUUGCUUGCUUGACGUUUAUAAUUGCAGUUGUGCUCAGAAUGGAGGAUGUGGACCUUCAAAAUCCAAGAGGGGUAGCAAAAGUUUUGGGGACAUUGGUAUCAUUGGGAGGGGUGAUGAUAAUGACUUUCUACAAGGGGCCCAUCAUCAGAAAUCUAUGGCAUCCUCUCAUCCAUAUUCAACACAAGGCUACUGGCCUCCAUGAGGACUGGCUUAAGGGUUCAAUUCUUACUGUUUCAAGCUGCAUUUCUUGGGCCAUUUGGUACAUUAUGCAGGCAUUUACGUUAAAACGAUACCCGGCGCAGCUCUCGCUAACGACGUGGAUGAACAUUGUCGGGGCAGCGCAAUCAGGUGUGUUCACAGUGUUGAUACAACACAAGGCAGGAGCUUGGACUGUUGGACUAAACAUUGAUCUCUGGUGCAUUAUCUAUACAGGAAUAGUUUGCUCAGCUUUGAUAAUAUACAUUCAACUGUGGUGCACAGAAGAAAAAGGACCUGUUUUUGUGACCAUGUUCAACCCACUUUCAGCCAUUCUUGUUGCAGUCUUAGCUUACUUUGUUUUUGGACAGAAGCUUUACAUGGGCAGCAUUGUUGGUGGAGCUAUAGUGAUCGUGGGGCUGUAUUUGCUGUUAUGGGGCAAAGAAGAUGACCAGAAGCUUCAAAAUAAGCCACUGUUGGAAUCUGAUUCGGUGCAUGAAAGUUCAAAGCAACCCAAUCUGCAGACAAAUGCCUCCUCAGCUGUCAUUGCCAACCAUGUUUUCCAACAUCACCCCUAAUUCUAAUCAACAUCAUUUCUAAUUUUUAUGAUCGGGAUUCGAUUCGUAACUAAAACGCUUUUCUUUAUAGACACUUGAUGUUGAACUAAAUCAUCGUGAAAAUUGAUAUUUUGUGCUAUAAAAAUCACGUGAGAACGAUUUCGUCUCUAAA